AUGACGGGCAGAAGAGAUCCAGACAGCCCCAAAGACGAGAGACGUACAUCUAAACGGCAGCGGCUUCAAGCAGGCCAGACCGGCGGCCGCAAGCGCGUCCGGGAUCAGAGUGAUUCGACAACACAAGAGCAACAGCAACAGGGGGCGAGUGAAAAUCCUACAUCGCAGAAUAUCACCAACAAUGCCGCCCCUUCAAAUCCGAUAGAGCCCAUGUCGGCUAUAUUAGCACGGUAUAAGAUAUGGAGAAAAGCGGGAAGUCCGCACGAGUCUCUAUGCUUUGAGUGCCAUAAGCCAGGAGAUGCAGUCCCCUGUGAGACAUGUCGACGGUCAUAUCAUGACUCAUGCAAGCCAAAAGAUAGCGCCUUAUCUACUCGGAAUGGUGCGCAGCAGUGGUUUUGCCCUGUCUGUGUGUGUCGCGGAUGGCAUGUUACACCUCCUAUCACACCACCAGACUCACCGGUAUUAACGCCAAGUGGUGGUGUCACUGCCGUAUCGAAUCCCAAUCCCCUGCGUUUAGAUAAUGAAGCAGGGAGUGCUGGAUAUUCCCCAGCCCAGCUGAACACAAGACAGUCGCAUCCGCCAUUAUCGACACCUGCAACCACACAAACGCCUCGCCCUACUGAAGAAGCAAACCAAUGCCAACAAAGAAUAGCACAAAAGCAAUCGACCGCAGCUUCCGCGCCUCGAAAAUCUCGAUUCAACACCCUACCAGAAGAGGUAGAUUCUGCGCUGUGGGUGGUAUCCCGUGAACUCGAAUGUGUUCCUUUACUCCGGCAAAAUGUAUCGGAUCUCGAGUCUGAGAUAUCUCGAUUACGCCAAGAUCUGAGUAUACAGCGAAACGAGCUAAUGUUGACUCGAGGGAUUGUUCAAAGGGCGCGUGCCUCGGAGGCUGAAUUGCAGAGACUGAGGUCGGAAGCUACAGGCAAACAGACAUCUGCCGAUGAGACAGAAGCCUUGAGGGCGAAGAACAAAGAGUAUGAAGCAGAGAUAGCUAGUCUGCAUGGUCAGUUGGAAGAUGCCACCAAGAAGCUACAGGAAUGGAAGAAGAAUUUAUCAAGCAUGAUUGGUGGGAACUGA